AUGCUCUCUGACAUAUCCGCCGUUCAGACUCAUCGUCUCCCUCCGCCUCUGGUCGCGCCGUGCAUGAGGUUGCCAAUAAAGUCCUCGCCGUUUCAGCCAAGCGAAGGACUCGCUGGAGCCGGGUCGAAGAAAUUGGCUGUUAAGAAGAAACUGCCGCCUGUGCAGAGUAAACUGCGGGUUUUGGGAAGGUUAGUUCCUGGUUGUCGGAAGCUUGCAUUGCCUAACCUUCUAGAAGAAACGACUGAUUACAUUGAAGCUCUACAAAUGCAAGUCAAUGCCAUGACUUUCCUCACUGGCCUCCUUACCAGCGGCGGCUCAUUAAUUGAUUCUUCUGAUCGGCUCGGCUCGGAUCAGUAG